GCCAUGGACGUGGGUGGUUAGAGGCGCCAGCGCCCCCCCUCCCGGAUAAGCCAGUGUUAAAAUAAUGGACCCCAAAGAAUCACUAAGCCCCUCGGAUGGGGAGGAAGCAGGGAAAAAUGUGCACUUCAGUGACAGAGGAAGGACUGUGAUGGACUUUCAUUCAACCUUCAGGGGUGGAGCUACUGUCAGGGCUCCUGCAUCUACAUCUCCCCUGCCUGCCUCUUCUCAGUCGGAUUCUAAACAGCAGCCUGUUUUGGGUGACUUUUCAAAAGGACUAGUAAGCAGUGCGCCUCAGCCGGAUCUUUCCAAGGCAGUGUUGCUCUCAAUGGGACUCUAUAUGGGGGAGACAGAGUCAAAGGUGAUGGGAAACGAACUUGGAUUUCCACAGCAGGGCCAAAUUGGCAUCUCUUCUGGGGAAACAGACUUCAGGCUCUUGGAAGAAAGCAUUGCAAGCUUGAACAAGUCCACAAGCCUGGCAGAGGGCUCAAAGGGGACAGUAUCUGUUGGGGUGCCCCUUGAGCAGGAUUUCCCAAUUAUGGCUAACAGCAAUCUCCCUUUAGGCCAGGCUGGCACUAAUGGUGGCAACUUGAAGUUGUUUUCUGAAGACCAAAGCACCUUUGAUAUUCUGCAGGAUUUAGAAUUGCCACCAGUGUCACCAGGUAAGGAACCAAAUGGGAGCCCAUGGAGACUGGACCCAUUGCUAGAUGAAGGGGACUUGUUGUCUCCUAUGACUGCGGAUGAGGCAUUUCUCCUGGAAGGAAAUGCAAGUGAAGAUUGCAAGCCUCCCAUUUUACCAGACACUAAGCCUAAAAUUAAUGAGCGUGGAGAUCUUUUACCCAGCCCCAAAAUGCAGAUGCCUCAAGUGAAGAAAGAAAAGGAAGACUUCAUUGAACUCUGCACCCCCGGGGUAAUAAAACAAGAGAAAAUGGGCCCAGUUUAUUGUCAAGCUAAUUUUACUGGGUCUAACCUAAUGGGUAAUAAAAUGUCUGCCAUUUCUGUCCAUGGUGUCAGUACUUCUGGAGGACAAUUGUAUCAUUAUGACUUGAAUACCGCAUCUCUCUCUCAACAGCAGGAUCAGAAACCAGUUUUUAAUGUCAUUCCGUCUCUUCCUGCUAGUUCAGAAAAUUGGAAUAGGUGCCAGGGAUCUGGGGAUGACAAUAUGACCCCCUUGGGAACCCUGAACUUUUCUGGCAGACCUGUUUUCUCUAAUGGCUAUUUGAGCCCUGGAGUGAGAUCUGAUGUAAGCUCUUCUCCAUCCACCACCUCAGCAGCGACAGGACCACCUCCCAAGCUUUGCCUGGUCUGUUCCGAUGAAGCCUCUGGAUGUCAUUAUGGUGUCCUAACUUGCGGCAGCUGCAAAGUGUUCUUCAAAAGAGCUGUGGAAGGACAGCACAAUUAUCUAUGUGCUGGAAGAAAUGAUUGUAUCAUUGACAAAAUUCGAAGAAAAAAUUGUCCAGCCUGUCGCUACCGGAAAUGUCUUCAAGCUGGCAUGAAUCUAGAAGCUCGAAAAACAAAGAAGAAGAUCAAAGGAAUUCAGCAGUCCAAUGUGACAGGAGCGAGGGAUGCUUCUGAAAGUCCAGUAAGCAAGAGUAUAGUUCCUGCAUCUCUGCCGCAGCUAACCCCUACCCUGGUUUCCCUGCUGGAAGUCAUUGAGCCGGAGGUUCUGUAUUCAGGCUACGACAGUACGCUACCUGACUCAACAUGGCGUAUAAUGUCAACUCUCAACAUGUUAGGAGGACGGCAAGUGGUAGCUGCAGUAAAAUGGGCUAAGGCAAUACCAGGUUUCCGAAAUUUACAUUUGGACGACCAAAUGACCCUUCUGCAGUACUCAUGGAUGUUCCUGAUGGCUUUUGCUCUAGGAUGGAGAUCAUAUAAACAGUCAAAUGGAAACCUGCUGUGUUUUGCACCAGAUCUGAUUAUUAAUGAGCAGAGAAUGAAUUUGCCCUGUAUGUAUGACCAAUGCAAACAUAUGCUUAUGGUUGCCAACGAGCUAUCACGGCUUCAAGUGUCAUAUGAAGAAUAUCUCUGCAUGAAAACCUUGCUGCUUCUCUCUACAAUUCCCAAGGAGGGCCUGAAGAGUCAGGCUCUGUUUGAUGAGAUUCGUAUGACGUACAUCAAAGAGCUGGGAAAAGCCAUAGUGAAGAGAGAGGGGAACUCGAGCCAGAACUGGCAGAGAUUUUAUCAACUGACUAAACUUUUGGACUCCAUGCAUGAUGUGGUUGAAAAUCUUCUAAGCUUUUGCUUCCAAACGUUUUUGGAUAAAUCCAUGAGUAUUGAGUUCCCAGAGAUGUUGGCAGAAAUCAUCAGCAAUCAGAUACCAAAAUAUUCAAAUGGAAAUAUCAAGAAACUCUUAUUUCAUCAAAAGUGACUGCCUUAAUACAAAAAGAUUGCCUUAAGAAAAAGUCAAACUAUAGCUUUUUUUGUACAAACUAUCAGACUUGUUAAUUUUGUCUUGCAACGGUGUUUCUUUUGUAAUUAUGCACUACAUGUGGUUUACAGAGGGCCAAGACUUAAGCUACAGAAGCAGCAGAUUGCUCACAUUGGAUGAUUACAAUGGGGAGGGAGAGGAAAGGAAAGGUAAAUAGCCCUUAUGUGGUAGGAAUUGGAUUUCUCCCCCUAGUGCAACAUCCACGGCUCCUCCAAAACUACCGGUGUCAAGAUCUGAGGCUGACUUACGAGCAUUCUGCUAGCAAUUUCUGCAGUUGGCUGGAUAACAUUUUCUGGGGGAGGGGGUUUCCCAGUAAAAUGGUUUGGGUUUUUUGUAUAGUUAAGGUAGCAUUUUGAUUUAUGCAUGUAACCUGAAGAAAGUUUACAAGUGUAUAUCAGAAAAGGGAAGUUGUGCCUUUUAUAGCUAUUACUGUCUGGUUUUAGCAAUUUCCUUUAACUUUAUAUACCGUGAACUAGGCUUGCUCAUUUUUUCUUACAUAAUUUUUUGUAAUACUUCAAGAUGCCUAUUGUACAACUAUUUUUUAAGGUGGGGCAGCUUGUAGCUUUCCUAAAUGACCUCUAGCCAUUAAUCCUUGAGCAUAUUCAUGUGAAAA